ACAUCCGGGCAAUUUCGAAAUCAUACGUGGCCUUGUUUUUCGUUGAGGCGGAAGUACGGAUAAGGAUAAAAUACCAUCGAAAUAAAAUGGCGGAUGGAUUUGAUCCUUGUGAGUGUGUGUGGAAUCAUGAACAUGCUAUGCAAAGACUCAUUAAUCUGUUGAGGAAUACACAGUCCUAUUGUACAGAUAAUGAGUGUCUAACAGAUUUGCCGGGCUCCAAUACAGCUCCUGAUGGAGGAUUCAGUUCCAUGAUGCUGAUGAUGCUGGGAUGGUUGGUUGUAGCUACCUGUCUCUAUCUACUACGUCCCAACAGUCUACGUAACCGAGGCGAUAUGAAACCAUCCAGGAACAAUGAUCCUAGUCCCCCUCCCCCUGGCCCCUCAGUAAGUUAAAUGUCCACUCAGUAACUCGGGAUUUCAGACUCGGCUCACCCUAUGGACCCAGCCCCCAGAAAAACAACGCCAUCAUUUCUCUCGCAUCCUGUCCGAGGAAUGAGUGCCGCUGUGUGGUUCCACUUCAUCUCAUCAUUUGUACACACGGAAUAUCAUUUUUCCAUCUAUCCAUAACGGUGCAAUCAGAACUGUGUAUUUAUGUAUCAGCAUAAUGGAUAUUGAUGUGGGAUUUUUAUUUUAAUUUUAAUUUGAUUGAUUUUCACACGUGCUGAUCAAUACAUUCAUACACUGAGUGUGUGUUGGAGAUAACUAGGUGAAUGAGGAUAUGAAUUCAUCCUGAUAUGUAAAUCUCAACAUUCAAAGAUGAAAAAGUUUUUAUACAUGUAAUGUAAUAGAAAUACAGAAUUUUGAUAUAAGAAACUUGCAUGAACUUCAAAGAUUGAUACAUUAAUUUUCUAUGAAAACAAAUCUAGAAAAAAGAUAUCGAAGGUGUGUCCCCAUGGAAAUUUUUGCGAUUUGUAUUCAUCGUUUUUGAAUUCCCAUAUUUUUGCUUCAUGCACAUAUAUAAUGUCAUGUUUAACAGUUGGUGCAUUUUAAAUGGUGAUUUUGAAAAUACUUUUGGUACAGGUUUCCUUUAAAUUGUGAUUCAUGAAUAAACAAAACAGAAUGUAAUCUGUCCUUUGAGGGUUCAAAUUUUGACUUUUUCAGUGCUUUCAUGUGAUGGUCAUGGUGUUGGUUUAAUAUUCUAUGCGUCAUUUAUAAAUACAUGUUUAUAAAUCCAAUUUUUGCAUUAUAGCCUAUAGAUUAUGAAUUAUCUGUAAAAUGCUCCCUGUUUCAUUUAAAAAUUAGUUCGUUGAUCAUUAUACCAACUAAGGUUACACCAUAAUUAUAAUAAGUUUAUAUAUUUUACUGUUAUAGUAACAUAUGUUUUAUUUGUUUUUUCCACAGUUAUAUUUGUUAAAAUUUAUAAAAUUUUGAAUAAACACUAUUUAGAAUACAUGUACACAACAAAUGUAUUUUUUACACAUACACGUAUGUAUAUACAAUUUUAAAAUAGUUAAUAGGAAACUCAAGCUUUUAAGAAAGAUAUAUUGUUCUACAAAAUACACAUCUUCGCUAGCCAAGGGUUUUCGGUCCACUUUGCUCCCCGUUUAUGGGGAGCAAAGUGGACCGAAAACCCUUUGCUAGCGAAGAUGCAAAAUACAAUGUAGUGGGAAUUUCUUUUAAAUUAGUAUGGUUGUAACUUCUAAUGAUACAUGUAUCUUGUUGAAAUAAGAUUUCUUUGUUUAUGAAAUAAAAAUGUUUUUGUUAACGAG